AAGUUAUACCUCACUUAAUUCCAACAAUCACACGAACAUACAUUCAUGGAGAUACUUUCAACACGGCAUCUCAUAUUCACCCCCAAGAAAUCACCACUUUUUUCAACAAAUUCAACAAGAACAAGGAUCAUACGCACCCAUGAAUCUCGAUUCCGCUGUCAUCUUUAUUCAAAAAACUCUGAUUACCAAGAUUUUCAGAGCUAUGCAAAACCUUCGCGUCUUCUCUCAGCAACAGAAGCAAAUACAUGCACUGAAGUUUCACUAGAAAAGUUGGUCAAAGCUUUUGAUAUAGGCACCUUGUACAAAGUUGAGCUACGAACGAGCAAUUUUUAUGGAUCUGGACUUACGGACAUAAAUUCCGGUGUACAGCUUUGCGUUAUAGAUGAAAAUGGUUAUUCAAUUUUGCAGAGGUUACCUGCGAGUACAUGUAAAGAACAGAAUAUGCAAUCAGACAACGAGGUUAUCUCUGAUGUACUCCAUUUGCAAAGAGGUUCUAUUGAUGUUUUUACCUUUAAGGGACCUAAACUUCAGAAGAUUAUAGCACUAUGGAUUAGUCCUGUAUCAGGUCAGUGGAGACUAGGUGGUGCUAGCUUGAGCAUUAUUUGCCAGCCACAAGUAUUGCCAGAAGAGAGGGAAAAAAUUGACAAUUCAUUUGUUGGUUUACGUUAUGAUUUUACAACAGAGGAUAUUCAACUAGGUGAGGGAAGUGACAACUCGAUGACGGAACUUAAGCCUUGCUCAGUGACAGAGUUCUCUGGCGACAACUAUGCCUUGCUAAGUGAAAGACUCUUGCCCUCAUCUUCGGACCAGACUCCUAAUGUAUCAAAUGAAGAAAGCAUGAGAGAAUAUAAAGAUCUGAAACUCACUUUGCUUCUCUAUGACACAUUGCUGAUCUCUGCUGGUUCAGGAAUUGUAUCCUUAUCCUCCGAAGGAAGUGCUGCAUUUGCGUUUCUAACAGGUGGAAUUAGUGGUUUUCUAUACUUACUAUUUCUGCAAAGGUCAGUCGAUCAAUUACCAGCUCCGGAACUGAAUAAAACUAAAAAAGAGGGUUUUAAUAAAUCUUUGGGAAAUGUAGUGGGUACAGUGUCUACUUUAGCAUUGGGGUUAUCAUUCGCAGCAAUCACCGUAAAAUUUGGCUCAGAAAAUGGGGGCAUUGUAGUAACACCAAAAGACCUUGUGUUUGGAAUGAUGGGGUUUCUUACCUGCAAAAUUGCUGUUAUUUUGGCUGCCUUCAAACCCAUGUCAAGCCGAAGGGAGUGAUAGCGAUGCAGUUGAUGGUAAUAUGUAACAUUGCAUAAAACCGUAUAUAUAAUUAUGUGAACAUACAUUAUACAUGUAAAUACUUGCACACAUACAAUACAUAGACAUUUCUUGUACGUUUAUAGGUAGAUCGAGUUUAGAAUAGUUCAACCUGUAGCUCUGACAAGUUAACUUAAGCCUAACUUCCGAUAUUAUUUAGGAGUUGAUGUUGUGUUAUCAUUUC